AUGAACUCCCCUGCUACUGCGCUCGCGCGCGUCGAUGCAGGUUCGCUCGCCGACAUUUUUGAGGAUCGUCCUGGACGGGUCGAACACCCCGUCAUGCAAUGUGUCCAAAUCAAGCCUAUUGCCACGCAACAAGGUGGUCAGGAGCGCCACCGAGUCAUUUUCAGCGAUACGAAAAACUACAUCCAGACGAUGCUGGCCGUGCACCAGAAUCAGCUGGUAGAGGAAAAGAUUCUCCGCAGAGGAGUUCUCGUGCAACUGAUGGGAUAUUCUGCGAACAAGGUCAAGGCUAAACGCAUUCUCAUCGUGACCGAUAUCAAAGUCCUCGAAGAGUAUGGGGAGCACGAGAAACUCGGCGACCCGAAACCACUGGAGCUGAAGGCUGAAGAUGAAGAGAAGGCAUACCCUACGUCGAUUACGAGCAAUGGAUUCUACGGAAACAAACAAGAGCAGCCGAAACAGAACCGACCCAUGGGUCAUGCGAAGCCAUCGUCAUCUGCUCACGCGAACAUCUACCCUAUCGAAGCAAUUUCACCUUACUCCAAUAAAUGGACCAUCAAGGCGCGUUGCACGAGCAAGUCGGACAUCAAGACAUGGCAUAAUCGUAAUGGCGAGGGCAAGCUUUUCAGUGUCAACCUGCUGGACGAAAGUGGCGAAAUCCGGGCCACGGGUUUCAAUGACCAAUGCGAUCAGCUGUACGAUCUGUUUCAAGAGGGCAGCGUCUACUACAUUUCGAGUCCUUGCAAAGUCUCAUUGGCGAAGAAACAAUUUUCAAACCUGGCAAAUGACUAUGAGCUUCACUUUGAGAAAGACACCACUGUCGAGAAAGCCGAGGAUCAAGAUGACGUUCCUCAAGUUCGAUACAACUUCACCAGCAUCGCAGACUUGCAAUCUGUGGAGAAAGACACAACCAUUGACAUCAUUGGAGUGCUCAAGGAGGUCGGUGAGACUUCACAAAUCACGUCAAAAACCACAAGCAAGCCCUAUGAUAAGAGAGAGCUCACUCUGGUCGAUAACACUGGCUACUCGGUGCGUCUAACCAUCUGGGGGAAAACGGCGGCCUCGUUUGACAUCCCACCUGAAUCAGUGGUCGCUUUCAAAGGGGUCAAAGUCUCAGAUUUUGGCGGACGCAGCUUGAGUCUGCUAAGUUCUGGGUCGGUUAGCGCCAAUCCCGAUAUGCCUGAAGCACACAAAUUGAAAGGGUGGUAUGAGGACCAGGGUCGGAGUGGCAAUUUUGCUACUCAUGCAAACAUCCAAGGCACUGCGGCAUCUGGAACCGGUUCUCGAGGCGAUCCGUUUAAGACCAUUUCGCAAGUCAAAGACGAACAAUUGGGAAUGUCUGACAAUGCCGACUUCUUCUCCGUCAAGGCUUCCAUACAAUACAUCAAGCAGGACAACUUCUGUUACCCGGCAUGUUUGUCGGAGGGGUGCAACAAAAAAGUUUUCGAGAUCGACCCCGGUCAGUGGCGCUGCGAACGAUGUGACAAGAACCAUCCAAAACCUGAAUACCGCUAUAUCAUGUCGGUCAACAUUAGCGAUCACACUGGCCAACUCUGGGUCAGCUGUUUCGACGAAACGGGCCGACUGGUCAUUGGUAUGACCGCGGAUGAGCUGAUGGAGAUCAAGGAGGUGGACGAGAAGAGGCUGGCCGAGAUAUUCUCCGAGGCCAACUGCAAGACAUGGAAUUGGAAAUGCAAGGCAAAACUUGACACUUUCCAGGAACAACAACGGGUUCGAUAUCAAGUCACAUCGGCGGCGCCCUUGAACUAUGUGACAGAAUCACAGAAGCUGAUUGAAUUGAUCAAGCAAUACAACAUUGACUAG